UUUAUCCCAAAGCUGAUCCCAUCCAAAGCUUAUUCGUUUAACAAUGUCUGGAAGAAACCAACCUUCUUAUAGGGUGUACUGCAGGGCUUCCCCCUACCACAAUUUAACCGUCAGCGACGGCGUGGCCAUUCUUGCCCCUAUUAAUGAAAAUGAUGACCGUCAGUAUUGGCACAAAGAUGACAAGUACAGCUAUAUAAAGGAUGCAGGGGGCUUGCCUGCCUUUUCUCUUGUUAAUAAAGCAACUGGUCAAACCCUAAAGCAUUUCUUCAAACACUAUGUUCCGGUGAGAUUGGUUGACUACAAUCCAUGUGUUCUUGAUAAGUCUGUCUUGUGGGCACAAGCAGACGAUCGUGGUGAAGGUUAUGCGGCUAUAAGGAGUCUUAAUGCUAACGAUACGCAUUUGGAAGCUGCUGCUUUAGACAAUUGUUCCUAUCGUGGCGCUAUAAUUGUUGGCGGGUUUUGGAGGGAUGAUAAAAACCAGCACUGGAAAAUCGAGCGUCGUUGUUGAGUACUUGUGAUGGUGUGUUGCCUUCUCUAGGAGAUGUCAUGUAUUUGGCUUUCCAAGAUGCACGCCAUUCUCUUUGUGUGUUUCAUGUUUCUACCGUGUAAUAAAAGCUUGAUAUGGCUAUGAUAUUGCCUUAUCCUGUAGCUUGGAAUAAAAGUUUGUACUCUCUCUCUGUGUGGUUUCAUGUUUCUACUAUGUUAUAAAGCUUGAUAUUCUGUUACUCAA